CGACUAUGACAACACAUGAGACUCCUCAAAAGCGUCGUUUGGCAAGCGCGCUUCACACUGUAUGCAACUCCUCCCGAUCAGUUAGGCGAAAACACUCGAGCGUUGUGCAUGCAACGGUCGCAAAUUGUACACCGGAACGACAGGCUGACAAGCGUAGCCAAACCACGCACGGAAGAACAAGAAGAAGAGAAAGAUUAAGCAAUAUAGUACAACUGUAUGUACAUUCGUAAGCAGAUGUGUGGGUUAAGGCGCGGAUAAAGCAAAUCAAAGUGUGAACUUGAAAUCGAAACUCUCGCAGCGUCGCCCUCUGUGACAGAAAGCCGUGGUGUAAGCUCGUGGGCUGGCGGUUUGUCGUUCACUCGUAUUGUUGUGGUUGUCUUUUCUUUGUUUCUUAUGUGUUUUAUUAUUUGUAUCUCUGGUGCCUCUUGUGUCUCAGACGUGCUGAUUAGAAUGCGAACGCAUUGCCGCCGUUAAAGUCAACAACAAGGCGACGAUUUUGCCAAGCUGCGCGCAGAACUCGGCGAUUGCGCAAGCGUGAAGCACGGUUUGCGCGGAAAUUAAUGUUCUUAAAAUAUUGUCGAACGCAUUUGUUGUACACUCGCUAAAAAUAAAGUAAAGUAAAGUGGCUGAACUUUUGUACAAAUACAACAAAGGAAGUGUUAUAAAAAUAUAUAAAAACUUAUAUACAUAUAUACACCAUACAUAAAAAAUUUGUCGAAAUAUAAUAUAAAUAUAUACAUUAUUAUACAAAUAUACGAAAGUAUUGGCGAAAAGUAAAUAAUAUAGUCUGGAGAAGUGACGAAUUGAAGGUUAAGAUUUUACGCUUAAAAACCUUUAUACCUAAGUACACAUAAUGAAGUCACUAUUAAUCGCACUGGCUGCGAUUUGCAGUUGGUGCAUAAAUUCCGUGCAAGGUCAUGGACGUCUCAUGGAUCCGCCUGCUCGCAAUGCAAUGUGGCGAUUCGGCUUUCCGAAUGCCGUAAAUUAUAAUGAUAACGAAUUGUUUUGCGGUGGAUACGCAGUGCAAUGGGAGCAGAAUUUGGGCAAAUGUGGAGUCUGCGGAGAUGCGUAUCACGUGAAGACGCCACGCCCGCAUGAGGCGGGUGGUGAAUACGCGAAAGGCAUCAUAUCGCGGUACUAUGCAGCCGGACAGGAAAUCGAUGUAGAGGUUGAACUCACUGCCAAUCACUAUGGUCGUUUCGAAAUGUUCCUCUGUCCCAACAAUAAUCCACGACGUGAGGCUUCACAAGCUUGCUUCGACCGUUAUCCACUGUAUAUCUCCGGUAGUCGGGAACAUCGCUUCUUGAUACCACGUGAUACACCCAAAAAGGAGAUCUUCCGCUAUCGUGUCCGUCUGCCACCGUACGUUACGUGUACGCAAUGUGUACUCCAAUGGACCUACUAUACAGCCAAUAUGUGGGGUACUUGCUCCAAUGGCACUGAGGCAGUGGGCUGUGGCAAGGCGGAAACUUUUCGCAACUGCGCCGAUAUUGCGAUUGUCUCCAACACCGGUGGCGGUGUUCCACCAAUCUUUGUAAAUAACAAAUCUCCAUAUCUGCUCUACUACAGAGAUUAUCGUGCGCCGGAUGAUAACAAUGUGUUCCCGCUUAUUGUGCGUGAUCAGAAAUGUAUUGCCGCGCCAGCAUUCCGCACCAUUCCCGGUAUGGAUAAUUGGUGUGAGACGAACUGUUUGCGUUAUCCACCGAACUGUCCGGAAUCGGCAUGUCAUUGUCCUAAGGAUUGCGUGGCGAUUGGUGAACUAGAGGGACGCGAGGGUGCGGACACGUAUUGUAUGGAUGAAUGUCUGAAUCACGGUUCUGUGUGUCCAGUCGAUAGAUGCCGUUGCUUCUAAAACGACAUAAAGUUUUUCGAACACUGUC